AUGGAAGUAAAACAAAAAGUUUGUGGAAAGGCAUGUAAAAUAGAAAUAGAUAGUGAUCUGAAUGAUGCUCUUCUGGAUACUAUUAAAAGUGAAAUUAAGGAGGAACCCAAACGAGAAACUACACAUGAUAUAUUUGAUUAUGUAGACCUAAAGACAAUUCCCAUAAAGUCUGAAAUAGGACAAGAUGAACUUGAGUCAUUAGAAGAAAGAAAAAUAAGUGAAAAAGAUCCCCAAGUUGCAUUUAAUUUUAAUAACCGCAAUAUAUUUAAUGUGAAUAUAAAAGAAGUGGCAAAAAUUUAUCCUAAUCUCAUUAAUGCUACACAAUUAAGUGUCGAGUGGCAACAUUUGCCAAAUACUUUUAAUGAAAUUGAAGUUUUAGAAUUUAUAAAUAUGUCAAUUGAAGAAAUGUGGCUUAAAAUAAUUGAAAAUUUUAACGACGAAGGCUUAUUUCCUAAUUUAAAAUAUAUAAUAAAUUUUGUACUUUCUUUGCCUCAUUCUAACGCUGAGGCUCAAAAAAUAUUUUCAAUGGUUAAGACACAAAAUAAAAAAAACGUAGCCACAUAG